AUGGAGCUGGAAAAGGAUGAGAAGGCGCAACCUCACAUUGACGAACGCAGUCCUGGAAACAGCAGUCUGGACAUCAACGGACUGGUCAAUGCAUCUGGCCAUGUCCAGGAGAUUGACCGCAGCUGGGGUAUCUGGUCAAUCUGCUCGCUCGCCUUGAUUAGCGACAAUGCUUGGGCUGCUGGAGCUGGUUCAAUCGUGCUCGCGCUCUACAACGGCGGCGGUCCGGGUGUGAUGCAUGGACUCAUCGUGGCGACAUUCUUCUACUGCUUCAUUGGCACCAGUCUAGCAGAACUUUCCUCAGCAAUCCCGAGCAGCGCGAAUGUAUACCACUGGGCAUCUGUAACUCCAGGACCAAAGUAUGGCCGCGUUUGUUCGUGGUUCGCAGGCUGGUGGAAUUGCAUCGCCUGGAUUUUUGGUUGUGCGUCCAAUUCGCUGUUCGCAGCGAAUGCUGUGGUGGCGAUGUGGAGUGUUUAUCAUCCAGCCUACGUGCCGCAGAGAUGGCAUAUUUUCAUGUGCUACCUUGAAAUCAUCUGGAUCGACAACGCGAUAGUGUGCUUUGGGCAGAAGAGGAUAGCACAGUUCGCCAAUGUGUCUGGCGUUGCUUGUCUCACAUUGUUUGUGGUUUGCACGUUGACUGUUGCAAUCAUGCCUAGUCAGACUGGGUACGGCUAUGCCAGCAACUCGUUUGUUUGGGGCGACUUCCAGAACUUGACGGGCUGGUCAAGCAAUGGCCUGGUCUUUGCCAUGGGAAUGCUGAAUGGUGCUUACACUGUGGGAACAACCGACGCAGCAUGCCACCUGUGCGAAGAGAUCCCAAAGCCGCGAGUCAACAUUCCCAAGGGCAUUGCUGCGCAAUUGCUUGCCGCCUUCAGUACUGCUUUUAUAUUUUACACUGCGGUGCUAUACGGUGUAACAUCGUUGGACGACGUCUUUGCAAGCAAUAUUACGUCCCUCCCGUUGGCAGCCAUGUUCCAGCAAGCAACACGAUCCAACGCAGGCACGAUGGCGCUCCUGGUACUCUACUUCUUCGACAUUCUUAUCACGAUCCCCGGUGCAUGGGUUACUGCUGGCAGAAUGCUAUGGGUUCUCGGACGAGACAAUGCUACGCCCUUCCCAAACUUCGUAGGGGAGGUUUCAACACGCUGGCGGAACCCGUUCAAUGCACAGAUCAUCUGCUGUUGCGCCGCCACUGUGCUCGGUCUGAUCUACAUCGGCUCAGCCACAGCCUUCAACGCCUUUGUCGCGUGCUUCUCGCUCUUCACAACGAUCUCGUACGCCACUGCCAUUCUGCCGCAUCUGCUGACAGGCAGGAAGUACGUCAAGCCAGGACCAUUCUACAUGAAGGGCGCACUCGGCUACGUUGUGAUGGGAAUCGCAUGUGCUUACAUCAUUGUGUUCAAUGUCAUUUACAUGUUCCCUUACACAAACCCGGUGACAGAUCCGCAGCUGAUGAAUUGGACGAGCGUCAUGUUCGCAGGUAUCACGUCUUUGCUGGUUAUUGGGUAUUUCUGGAAGAGGAGCAGAGGAUAUGUUGGGCCUCGAGUCGUUAUGGAUGCGAAGGAUAAUGUCAUGGAAGGAGUGAUAGGUCUGGAUAAGGAGAUCCAAGCAAGAGCGAGGCAAGCGAGGUAG